AUGGAAAACCAGACUUCAGAUAUCCUGCUCUUAGAAGGUUUACAGGUCAGCCCAGAUGCCUCCAUUCCUGCUUUCAUCCUCCUCCUCCUCAUCUAUAUCUUCAUCAUGUUUUCCAACAUUGUCCUGGUGAUCCUGAUCACGCUGGAUAGUAGCCUCCACCAGCCCAUGUAUCUGCUCUUCUGUAACAUGAGCAUUAAUGAUGUAUUUGGAGCCACAACAAUCAUUCCACGUAUGCUGAGGGAUAUUUUUAUUCCCAGCUCAGAUCGGUACAUCCACUAUGUAGACUGUGUCAUUCAGGCCUUUUGUGUUCACAUUUAUACAGGUGCCUCUCACACUAUACUCAUGAUCAUGGCUUUUGAUCGCUAUGUGGCAAUCUGCAACCCGCUGCAGUACGCCACCAUCAUGACCAACUGGAUGGUGGUGAAGCUGUCGGUCUUGGCCUGGGCAGUAAUCUUCAUUAUGGUGACAAUCCUCGUGGGCCUCAGCGUUCGCCUGUCACGCUGCAGGUGGAUCAUAUUUAACCCUUUCUGUGACAAUGCCUCUUUGUUUAAGCUCUCCUGUGAAAACAUCCUCAUCAAUAACAUUUACGGUCUCGGCUACACUGUCCUUCUGAUGGGCUCCUCCAUUGGCAGCGUCACUAUCACCUACCUGAGGAUCGCCAUGGUGUGUCUGAGCAGCAAGAGCAAGACACUGAACAGCCGGGCGCUCCAGACCUACACCACCCACCUGACUAUGUAUGUCAUCAUGUUUUUGUCAUGCAUUGUCAUGGUGCUCCUCCAUCGCUUCCCACAUUUGACAGACCAAAGGAAGUUAGCCUCCAUGAUGUUCCAUGUGGUUCCUCCAGCACUGAAUGCUGUUAUCUAUGGGAUGCAGAUCAAAGCAGUCCGACAAAAAAUGUUCAUCAUGUUCACGAGGAAUACAGUGACUGUGACUGACAGGAAAUGA